AGCCAAGCCGAGUCGGACUGUCAGUGAAAUCGUGAAAGAUGAUGUUCACCGGUGGAUCGCACGCGAAAAGAAGGAACGGUGGCGGAUCGGGCUCUUCCGGAAGGAAGCCCUCCGUGGAUCAUCGAAAUUCCUCGGCGCGUGGUAUCGGCGCGGAAGGAUACACGUACAGGACGAGAGUGCCGACGCUGUUGAAUCCUACGGAAUUACCGCCGACCACCUCGGCCACCUCGCAAGGUAGAACUUAUGUCUAUAGAACCAGAGUUCCCCGGAGGGAUGGUAAGGAUUCUACCGCGUCGACGACGCCUCUUCUCUCACGAGGGAAUAAUAUCGGACGUGCCAUCACGAGGAGAAGAGGCGCCGUUAAACAUAACAAAGUGCACAUUGUACGAGGCCACAAGCUCGUGGCGAAAUUCUUUCGACAACCAACGUUUUGCGCCUUUUGCAAAGAUUUUUUAUGGGGUUUUGGGAAGCAGGGAUAUCAGUGCCAAGCAUGUCAGACCGCAGUACACAAGAAAUGUCAUGAUAAAUUAUUGACAAAAUGUCCCGAAAGUGGAAGAGAAUCGGAAAAUACGAUAUACUUGAAGGAACGUUUCAAAAUAGACGUGCCCCACAGAUUUCGAACUCAUACUUUCAUGUCGCCGACUUUUUGCGAUCAUUGCGGCUCGAUGCUGUACGGAUUGUUUCGCCAGGGUUUAAGAUGCGAUGGUAGGAAUCGUCUGCGGCGCGAUCGGCCGACCAUCAAGAUCAGAUCGCAGGCCUUAAAGGAUAAUCCGGCGUUACGGGAGCACUAUGAGAGGCAUGAAAAAUCAGUGGGCGAACUCCUGAUGGAGAAAUUCUUCAUCAAGGACAAGAAACGGGACGGUGACGGUGACGGCGGAGCACAAAUACGCCUGUACCAUCAGGUGAGUUUGGACGACGACUUUCGGGAGAAUUCUCAGGAACACGAAGACAACGGCGUGCACAAGGGCAUCACUCGCAGAUUCACGCGACGCAGGUCCUCCGCCGAUCUGCAACUUGAUCCCGAGCAACUGCAGCGAGAAGCCACAUACGCGCAAGUACAGGCCAAGGUGCUGGACAGUCUUGUGGCUGAGGAGCAAGCUCAGAUCGAGAAUGAGGCUCGACGGGGUACCUUGAUCAAGAAGAGAAAAACGUCGAAACGUCUGAUGACAAACGGUGCCAACGCUUACGACAGGAACGAUUCCGCUACGAAUGCCGAUUCCGACCCGCUGACUCAGGAGGAAGAAGGACAAGAAGAGGAAGCGGCCGCAGCGAGAAUACGAAAAACGAUGAAGAAGGCAAAGAGGAAGAAAAAACCCGAUAAGGAUCCCAUGAAUAACGAUAUACGGACUGAAUACGGACGCUCGAGUACUUCCAGUGAGAUGUCCACCGAAUCCAAAAUCGAGGAGUGGCAGGAGGAGGAAGAGAAGGAGGACAAGGACAAGACAGGCGACGGUCCGAAACCCCAAAUGUACAAGAUCGAAGCCUGUAACAGCGUCGGAGAUUUUUCUACGAUCUGGAUGAACGCAAACUCCGAAAAGCGCGACUCGACGCAGACCGAGCAGUUUCGAGAAAGCGUGAGGGUUCCUGUACCCAGAAAAUUUCAAGCCGACAAGGGGGCAUCGGCUUGUCCGAAGAGAAUGGAGGAAGCGGAAGCACAGGUCGUGUUAUCCGUGCGGAAACCUUACGUGAAGGAUCCGUCGAGGCACAGCGUAUACCUGACCGUGAGGAAACCUACGGGAAAACUCGACGAGAAACUCGAUGCUGUCGCGAAAAGUGAUAAAGACCAACCGAGCCAGAUGAAUGGCUUCGAAUCGGAAAAAAUUAACUCUACUACGAGCAAAGAUUGCACCGAGUUAACAAACGGCGAGAGUAAAAUGGCGAGCGCUUUCAGCGGCAUCGAGGAUGCGGCGUUAAACGAGGCUAGAAAAAUAGAGUCCUCACAGGAGAAACGAGACGCGAUUGUCCUAAAAACGAAGAGCGACGUGCAGCGCGUUAGUAGCACCGUGGAUGCGCCGUCUCCAAAGAAUGCUGUCUCCGGAACAGCUAUGAAUAGCUGUUCCAUACGGCCGAGCGUUUCGGCAUUCGUUCCGACGUAUGCACGGAAAGACAACGCGCAAAUCGAACAGUCGACGAUACCGUCUAAAGACGUCUUUGCGAAAACGGUGAAGAAACGGGUGAAUCAAAGGGAUGACAAUGCGACGGAAGAAGAUGAUACAAACAAAUGCCCGGAAGCGGUCUCGACUGCCGAAAUGUCGAGUGUUCUCGCUACUGGAGACUCUGUCACCUCGAGAACACGGGAUAAGCUCGUGGAGGAGAGGGAUCUUCAAAUCGAGCCAGAGAUGACGACAACGACGACGUCGACGUCGACGUCGCGCAAGGGUGUCGAGGAAGCAACAAGGCGGAGCGUUGCUCGCACCUCCAUCGAGGCUGACGAUAAUGUCGAGAACAGCGCCAGCAGCACGAAAAGUGUGACCGGUCGCCUGCCAAAACCGUCUAAAAUUAAUACGGAUAGAAAUAAUGCCGUACAAGCGCCAGAGUUAUCGUUACGAGAAACCGAGGCAGAGUACCUGGCAAACUCGUCGAAAAGUGUCGAGGACGUCGUCGUAGCCGGGACUGUCGGGACGUUGCCGGGAAAGAAGGCGAACAAAGCAUGGAACUUGGCGAGGCUCGCUUCUUCCGACACACCGAAGAAAGCCAAUGGCGUAGACGUGACUAAGUCGACCUUGAACAUGGACGCGGAUCAUCAAGACGAUACGGCUAAAUCAGAAGAAACGACGACCUUGCUCAAGGAAACUACCUGCAAAAUGCGUAACAACGACCGCGACGAGAAGGCGAAACUAUCGACGGAUGUCAAGCCGGCGAAGAACAACGAUUUGGCGAAAGCACCGAGGAAUGAGAAAGUCGGACAGACUAACGGAAACGUAUCCGAGAUCGUGAAAGAGAUCGCGGAAGUAAUCGUAGAAGCGCCAAAACAGUCAACCGUCACAUCGAGAGAAGCAAAACCGUCAAAGGACCGACAAGUUGACAUUAAAGAAAUUAGUGGUGAUGUAGGAAAGGAUUUGCGAUAUUGCUCCGACCCCAAGAGCAAAGUGACGAAGCCUGGUGGUAUAGAAUCAAGAUUGCCCAAGGUGACGACUUUCCCGAAAACCUCGGUCGAUACUUUGAAAUCCACUGGCGAUCGCUCAUCGAAUGCGAGUAAUCCGGUGUCCUCGAACAACGCCACGAUUCCAAAAACGUUGGAGCAAAAGACGACAAAAGUCUCGAAUAAAGUGACUGAAAAGAAACUACUAGUGACAGCCGGCGUGAAUAGCAACAAGUCGCAAGAAGAAGGUCAAUUGUCGAAAAGUGCCUCUACCGAAUCUAUCGACUUUUGGAGCGAGAUCAAAGCACCGGGAAGUCCCGAAGCAACGAGAUCGAAGCAAUGGAGUGAAAUAUUCUCUCACGAGACAACGAUCCCUGCCGGAGUCGAGGGAAAGGCGAAUCCAGCGAACCCGAAAUGGAUAUCCAGCGACUCGCCGUCGACGAACGGGGAAUCGUCGACAGUGCUGGUAAAAGAAUACGAUGAUAAAAAGAAUGAGACUGUCGUUGAAAUAAGCGGCGCACCGCUCGACAGUUUGCCAGUUGAAUCCAGCGACGUCGCCGUCGCCAUCGGAGGCGACCAGCAAGCGGAGAAGAUUACUCCGGCAACGAAGACGACAAAAGCACAGGAAGCGGAAGAGAGAGUAACGAUCCAAGCCAAGGUAACGAGCGAGAUCGAGAGAAACGAGGUCGAGAAACCGACGACGGUACGAAAAGGGCCGCCACCGCCACUGAAGAAGAAGAAGAAGAGUAAUCUCUCAAUAGCGAUCGAUAGCAAGGACCCGAAUCGAACCGUGAAGAAGGCUCCGGUGAAACGCGAGGAUUCCACGGAUUCCUCGAUACGAUCCAAUCCGGUUAACGACGAUACGACUCCCGUGGCUUCUGCGGGUACACCUACUCCGACACCCCGAAUCAGUGUGCCGCUAAUAAACAUAGUCGAAGCGCCCAAGUUGCCCGAAGAACCCGAGAAUCGGAACCUGUCCGACGAGGAGCACGAGGACCCCAGCACUCCAACCAAUGAGCCCCACGAGCCUUGCUUAAUGAAAAAGAUAUCCAAGUGGAGCAAUCAGCAUGACUUGACAAACGCCAAUGACGUGAAGACUCCUCUCGCAUCGGAAGAGACCAGCUUGGCCGCCAGUCCCACCGUCAGCCCACCAUCGUCCAAGACGAAGCGCGUGAUCAGAAAGAAGAAGUCGUCGACCAAGAAGGCGCCGACAAACGAGAAGGGCCCGAUUCAUGACGAUUCGAAGACAUCGACGAAGACGACCCUUACCGAGAAGCAGUUGUUGCCGAAACCGUCACCUAAAGUCUCACCGAAAUCUAGUCCAAGGAAUUCACCCUCGCAACGACCACUCGAUCUCAUGAGGAUGUUCUACACGACGCCCUCGGCGUUGCUCACAGCCACACCGAGGGACCUCUCCAAGGUGAAAAGGGCCAAGAUCAAGAGGAGGCGGCAUCAUUCGAGAACGCCGUCUGUCAGCAGUGACAGCACCGGCAGCACUACGAGCACCGCAACGACGGAGAGCACGGAUGGCAGCGGAUCGACUUGCACCGAGUUGGACGACGAUCCCGAGCACAAGAGAAUGAACUCGACCAGGAGCAACGACUCCGGAUUCGACGGUUCACCGAGAAUCUCGACACCGUCGCAGUCAUCGGACAACCAACGGAACUCAGACUCGUCGGAUCAUUUUACGAGCGGUCGGAUAACGCCACCGGCGACCAACUUGCCAAGGUUCAAGAAAUAUGCCGUGACGGACUUUAAUUUUCUCAAAGUCCUGGGUAAAGGCAGCUUUGGUAAAGUCUUGCUGGCCGAAUUACGCGGCACGGAAUGCGUCUACGCGGUGAAGUGUCUGAAGAAGGACGUCGUUCUCGAGGACGACGACGUCGAAUGCACGCUGAUUGAGAGGAAAGUUCUCACCCUGGCGACGAGGCACCCCUAUCUCUGCCAUCUGUUCUGCACCUUUCAGACCGAGUCGCAUCUCUUUUUCGUGAUGGAGUACCUGAACGGAGGCGACCUAAUGUUCCACAUCCAAAAGUCCGGCCGAUUUCCCGAAGUGCGCGCGCGGUUUUACGCCGCCGAAAUCUGGUCCGGACUGAAUUUCCUGCACAAGAAGGGCAUCGUUUACCGUGAUCUCAAAUUGGAUAACGUGCUGCUCGACUUUGAAGGCCAUAUACGAAUCGCGGACUUUGGCAUGUGCAAGCUCCAAAUCUUCCUGGAUAGAACGGCCGAUACGUUCUGUGGCACGCCAGACUACAUGGCACCGGAGAUUAUAAAAGGACUCAAGUAUAAUCAAUCCGUGGACUGGUGGUCGUUCGGUGUCUUGUUGUACGAGAUGCUAACCGGUCAAUCACCGUUCUCCGGAUGCGACGAGGAUGAACUAUUUUGGAGCAUUUGCAACGAACGGCCGUUUAUACCUCGUUACCUCAGUCAGGAAGCCACCGAUAUGCUUGUCUGCUUGUUGGAAAAGGAUUCCGGCAAAAGGCCGCCCGGCCACGACAUCGCUAUGCACGCUUUCUUUCAGCAAGUGCCUUGGGAUCGACUGGAGAGACGGCAAUUGGAACCGCCUUUUAAGCCCGCGCUCGAUCACACUUUGGACACGAAAUACUUUGAUACGGCAUUCACGGCUGAGCGUCCAAGACUCACGCCAGUGCCCGAGCAGAUCUUGACUUCGAUGGACCAAGGUGUUUUCCGCGGCUUCUCUUACACGAAUCCAAAUGCGACGGACUAAUUAUGGUGAUGUCACCGAUGGUGAGGUGCCUCGGUGGGAACGCGAAAGUAUACUGGAACUGGCAGAUUUAUAGCAAUCAGUAAUGCGAAUCGCGAAAGCUAGCUGAAUGUAAAGAAUACAGCUAGCUGAUUGUUAUUAAUGUUCCUCAAACUACCGUUAUCCGUACAUGCACGGAGAUGACAUAGAAAUAAGAAUACAUCGAUUUUUAUAUCAUAUAUCGUAAUAUAUUUCGUGUAUAUAAAUAUGUCAAUAUAUAGGCGUAGAACAAGACGUAGAUGUCGAACAAUGCAGUCGAUGACGCUUGUCUGAUUCAGCUCGUGAUCAUAUCGAGUCACAUCGUCACUAUAAGUCUAAUCGUUAGUACUCUCUUUGCAUAUCCUUUGCGUUCAAGAUCAUUAUAUCGUCGGAAAAAGCUCGAGGUAUGAAUAUACGUAUACAUAUAUAUUCGACGUGAAGAAACGCGCGUGCGGUAAAGUCUGUCAUUUUCAAUUAUAAUUAUUGCUCGUUCGUGCAUGCCAGAAAUAUAAUGCUCAAUCGGGAAAGCGGAAACUGUGUGCGCUGAUACCGCCUCAUCCCGAUAUAAAUUUCGGUGAUGCGUAAUUAGCUGCACUCGUGUACGGUUAUUAUAGGUCUCUCGGCCUCGCGUAACCGCUUAGACUAAGUUAUUAAUACUUCAAGUGUCUUAUUAUUGUAUUUUGGCUGGCGAUAGAGUCUCGAGUGUUUUCUUCAAACGGAUACUCGCUCUCGUCCGGAAAUUUGCCGAAUUACUUUUCCGCAAUUUUCCACUCAAGUUUCUUCGCUCGAUGUCCUUUUUACUUUCUCUCCUUUUUCUUUUUCAUUUUCAUUUUCGACUGCGUCGAAAAUCUCACCCUCUUCCUUCUGUUUCCAUUUACUGUCUCUCUUCACGGAUAUAAUUUCCAAGUUUCUCCUUUGCUCUUCCCCUUAUCUUUCUAGUUGUAUUUUUUUCAACGCUCUUUCUCGUCUCUUUGCUUUAAUCAUCAUUUCUUUUUCUCUUUCCUCUUCCUUAUUCCUCUAGAUCGUGCGCUCUCACUCGUAUACAGUUGGCUCCGCGCUCGUCGCACGCGCUAACUUUAGAUCGUCGAGGAAUUGGCAAACCACACAGUCGACGGAGCAUCCGCCGAGAUGAAAGUGAUGAGCUGUCGUAAGAUUCUGUGGGAUCAUUGCGAACUUUGUACAUAAACAUGGCCUAUGCAGAAAAGUAUGAGAAAUAAUAGCGUUAAUUCGAUUAAUGUAACUUGUAGCUAAAAAAGAAAUGUGUGAUAUUCGUUAAGCACGAUAAAGAUACAUUUAAAACUAUUUUGAAUUAAAAUUGCCAAAUGCAGAUUAAAGUAUGAUGCUUCUGAAUGGUUAAUAAAUUCAAGCUGAAAGAAAGCAUCGCGCAAUUCCUACAAAUCAAUCGUAAAGUAAGUGAGAGUACAAGGAACGGAUUGAACAUGAAAGAGCGAGAUAGGAAAUUGAUGCCAAAGAGCGAGAAAUUAAGAUCAGGAGUGCACGAUGAGAGGAUAGAAAGAGGAGAGAGGGAAAGGUUGAAGAUGGUAGCAAAAAGCAAUGGGUUAAGAGGAUCGGUCAAUGGUCUCUAAAUCUGCGAGUGCGGUUUGCUCUGCAACUGACGAUGCUAAACUACGUUUCGGACGUAGUCUAAGCAUCGAAAAUUUACAAAAAUCUCUAUUGUGUAUAAUAUUUAUUUAUUUAUUUACUUAUAAAGUAAUAUCUGCGCCCAAAGUAUAAACUACUUUUGAUUCUUCAUUAACAAAACUCUAGUCAACGCGAAACGACACUGCUUAAUCUUUCCAGUAAUGGGGAUUUCUCCAGUGCUUUUGUAUGAUUACUUGACAUAGACACGCGCGUUGUGCCAUAUUUUGUAAUAAAAAUUGAUGUUUUCAUAAAGGAAAAGAGAAACAA